AUGGCUUCAAACCGUUUUGGAUAUUUAUGUGAAAAAUCUUUACAUUUACAUCGUAUGAAUGAUUGUGAUGAUCUUAAUUUAUAUUAUCGAAAAUUUCUAAAUAAAUUAAGUAAGAUAUGUUUAAAAAUUUUCCUUCCAUUAUUACCAUUGAUUUAUCUAUUAUCAUUGUUUCUUUGCCGUUUAUUAUUACAUAAUCAAUUAAUAAUAAUAUUUGAUAUUCGUACAAUCAUUUUUUUAAUAUGCAUCUUUUUAACAUUCAUUUUAUUAUUUCUUAUACGUUUACAUACGAAAUGGAAAACACUUUGGUUUUUUACAAGAUGUUUUUUAAUAAUUCUGUUGAUCCUUCCAUUAAUUUUAACUUAUAAAACUGAACAAUAUCAUAUAUUACUUUCGACAAUAUCAAUAACACUUAUUUAUUCAUUAUUAACAUUUACAUUGAUACAAUCGUUCAUUAUUUGUUUGAGCAUAUCAAUAUUACAUGUAUGCCUUUUGUUAAAUCAAAAAAACCAAAUCCAAUGGAAUAGUUUAGAAUUUUUAUCCAUCGUUUUUUAUCAUUUUAUUAUUAAUAUAGCUGGUCUAUAUACAUAUAUUAGAUCAAUAAAACAUAUACGCGAACAUUUUCAUGCAUAUGAAAUUAAUUUAUAUGAGAAAAAUAAAUUAAAUGUUGAUUGUAAAAAGUUAAAUACAAUCAUUGGACAUUGCCAACAAGCACAACGUUUUAUUGGACGCAUGUCAAAAUUAUCCAGUGGGUUUAACACGAAGUAA